AUGCAUGUUGAUUGUUCCCGGUCGCCGGAAGCCCCUGUUAGAUCCCCGGAUGUUUUGGUAUCCAACAAUUUUAUGAAAAACGCGGUUAUUGAUGACCAGGAUAUGGAUAUUGAUGAAGCAUCCCAAGAUUCCCAGAUGGAAGCCAUGACUGUUGCUGUUUCUGGAUCAUCUCAUGGUCCUUCUAUGUUUGAGGAAUCACCACGCGGCCAGUUAGACGGUCCUUCGAAUCCAUACUUUGUUUUUGAUACCCCUCAGGGAACCCGUUACUGGAUUCCUAAUGUUGCUGAUAAGUUCAUACCGGUGUGUGGCAAAACCUAUCCAACCUUUCAGGAUGUUCUUUCCAUGUAUGAACUCUAUGCGCUCGAAGCAGGUUUUUCUGUAAAAAAAGGUCAAACUAAAGUCUGGAAUGGAAUUCCCACACACAAGUAUCUCCGAUGCUCAAAAUAUGGAAAACCCCAACCAAAGCGGACUUUUGACACCCUAGAUGAAUCUUCUGUUAAGCACCGGAGGACCACCUUCUCAUGGUGUGACUGUAAGGCAAGCAUACUAGUAUCAAUAUCGAACGAUUCAUACACAGUCCUGACUUUCAAUGAUAUUCAUAAUCAUGAACUUGUUGAGAGUUACAACCGUGAUCUUAGUAAGAUAUCACGGAAACUGUCAUUCUCCACGAAACAAUUCAUUCAUAACAUGAGUCUAAACCGCAUUGGACCAAUGAGGUCUUAUAGAUGCCUUGUAGCUUUAAAAGGAGGGCAUCACAAUGUCAAUGGGACACCGGUCGAUUUUAAAAACUUUAGCCACCAGCUGCGAAUUUUUAUUGGUGAACGCGACGCACAAGUUUUCCUAGAACGCUUGCGUGAGCGUUAUGACAACCUACCCAACUUCUUUUUUGAUUACACCGUAUCAAACGGAAAGUUGUCCUCUGUAUUCUGGGCUGAUGAGAUUUCAAAGCUUAACUACAAAGCUUUUGGCGAUGUCCUAGCGUUUGAUGCAACUUACAGCACAAACAGGUACAAGAUGGUUUUUGUGCCAUUCACGGGUGUGGAUCAUCAUUUCCAAUGUGUUACAUUUGGAGCUGGUUUGAUAUCAACCGAGUCAAUUGAAUCUUACGUGUGGUUGCUUAAGGCUUUCUUGAAGGCACACGGUACUCAACCAACUCUCGUGCUGAGUGAUCAAGACCCAUCCAUGCUACAAGCUGUUCCUAUGGUCUUUACAGAAUCACGUCACCGUCUAUGCAUGUGGCAUAUAAUGAAAAAACUACCAUCCAAGAUCUCAGCCGACGUGCUCGAUAACACUGAUCUUCGGUCCUGCAUUCAUCGGUUGGUUUGGAAUGUUUAUAUCAAACCUGAAACGUUUGAGUCCCGCUGGAAUGACCUCCUACAAACAUUUGGGCUUCAAGAGCACAGCUGGUUAAACGACAUGUACAACAUGAGACAUCUCUGGGUUCCAGCCUACUUUAGAGAACUGCCCAUGUGUUGCUUGAUGAAGACCACCUCCCGAUGCGAAAGCUCUAAUGCUGCCUUCAAGGUUAACUCAACAAGCGCAAACACGCUUGUACAAUUUAUGAUGUGCUUUGAAAAUAGGGUAGACAGCCAACGAUAUCGUCAACGUGUUUCGGAGUUCAAAACCUCUUCUACCAUGUUCUCUGGCAAUACUGAGUUAGCGAUAGAAACACGCGUUACGUACAACAAUGUCGAUCAAUCGGCCAAUUGCUCAUGCAGGAAUUUCACACGUAUCGGGUAUCUGUGUCGCCAUGUCUUUUGUGUCUAUCGCUUGAAAAAUGUUGAAAGGAUUCCACCACAAUACAUAAACGACAGGUGGCGCCGAGAUGCCCUCCCCAAACAUGUUUUUUCAAUUUCCAGUCGAUACGGAGUCAACCCACACGCACCGUCCAUUAUGCGGAAUGAAAUCCUCGACCUCGUUACUGAAUGCGUAGAUGUUGCUAGAACCGAUGAGGAUGCGUUGGCAAAACUGGUUGACCAACUCAGGGAUUUCAAGAUCAAUAUUCUUUCCAGGCAACCGUUGGCAACAACUGAAAAUGAAUCAAAUGAGGCUCAAAUGGAAGAAAUAGUUGGGCAACCAAUCAACAUUCCAGUCGAAGUUGCUAAUCCAGAAGUUGCACGCAAUAAAGGAUGUGGUACUCAUACUCGCAUUUCUGGGCCCGGUGAGAAGGCCAAAGCAAAACCACCAAAACGUCCAAAGCAGCUUCGCUUAUGCAAGCGUUGUGGUCUGUAUGUCGACGACCACGACUCACGCAACUGCCUUAAGGUGGCUGCAAUGAAAGCAGCAAAGGCAGCUGCUGAACAACUAAGGCAGACUGCCACUGGCGACUGA